CUCAGGCAAGUCGGCAACAAUCUCAGGUAGAAAUAGAAUCAAUGGCAGAACAGAGCAGACGGAAAGACGAUAAAUAGCAAAACCCUAGCUGAAUCGAACCACGAAAGAAGUUUUCUUUAUCUCUCCGUUAAUCUUAUUAUCCUUAUUCAGACUUCUCUCGCUCUUCAUUUUUCCUGAUAUAGUAUUAGUAAGGAGGGAAACUAUGGUUGAAGAUGACUUGGGUAUUGGUGGUUUGGAGAGACAGAAACUCCGAAAAUCUAUGGAGAAAAUCAAAGCUGAUGCUUCCGGAGUAAUAACAUGCGUCCGUCAAUUGAAAGGCUUACUCGACCAUUUUGGCAUGGUUGAAGGCAACAUUGAGAAGAGGUCCCGGGAGCUAGAUCUAAAGGAGAAGGAGCUGCAGAUUUUGAGCUCAGACCUUGAGAAAAAGAGUCGAACUUUUGAAGAAGAAAAGUCCAAAGCUGGUGAUUUGAAGAAACUAACGGAAGAGUGUACUCAAGAACUGAGGUUAAAGAGGAAUGACUUGACAAUAAAGCUGGAUUCAUUGACCAGGGUUCAGAGUGUGCUUGAGUUAAAGGAUAAACAAUUGGGACAGCUUACGGCUGAGCUUAAGAGGCGUUUCAAUGAGGCUCGUAGUAUUCAAGAGCGUAAGAAAGAAAUGGAAGCGGAAACAGAAGGAAAGAAGAAAGAGUUGACCCUGAUUGUUAACCAGAUUGAAGAAUCUGGCAAGUUGCUUGAGAAGAGGUCUAGGGAAGUUGAGUUGAUGGAGAAAGACAUUGAAGAUAAAGGAAAAGAACUUGAUUUGGUCAAGAGUCAAGUCAACUCAUGGGAACAGAAACUCGUUCAGCUUAGGACAUUGGUCAAUGAUGAUUGUACAACUGAAGUAAGUCCAAGGAAAGAGCAAGCGGAUUCACCGAACAACACUCAUGUGGAAGUGGAGCUGAAGAAGAAGCAACAGUUGAGACAGACGAAAACCGUGCUUGUGAAGCAUACUGGGGUAGAGGAGGACAACAACAAUCUUGUUUCAGGUUUAACUCCGGGAGUCAAAGUUGUUGUUCUGUCAUCAUCUCAUGUUAAGUCCACCGAUGAGACGAUGAAAGACUCCUGAGGAAACUGAAGAGAAGCUUUACACUGCAAGGAGAGAUUACUACUUAAGUGAGCUUUUAUUUUGGGUUAACUCUAGAAAAAUAGUAAGUACGAGUAACCCGUAGUUAUAGGACUGUUAGUGUGUUAGAACUGAGAACUGAGAACUGAUUUUGUAUGCAUCUAUGAGGAGGCAAUGCUAGGUCCUUUAACUCCUAAUGUUAUGGUCUCUUUCGGUUGUUCUCUGUGGUUCGAACCUUUGAUUGAUUCCACCCAAAUAUGACGUUACUAUCUAGUAUCUAAUCUACA